ACAGCCCUGAGCACACGCCAUCGCCCCGCAGUGGGGAGAGGCGGCGGCGGCCUCUCCCGCACCCACCGCCAUCCCCACCAGGUUGAUUUUCAAGAUAUUCGAGCUAGAACUCAGGCUGAGAGGAAGCGAGAGGAGGAGAGACAGAGAAGAUUGGAGAAUAUUAAUAAAGUGAAAGUGAAGAGAGUCGAAGAAGAAAUGGCAGAGAUGACUGAGGAAAUGCAGAAUUGUCUGACAGAGCUGGAGGCCUGUUUCCAUUUUCUGAUGCCACAUCUCGAUGAGUUCACCAUUAAUGGGAAUGACUGUCUGCUUGAACAGGAAGUAACUGAUGAAACAGAUCAGUCAAACUGUAUCGCCAGCGGACAGCAAGGUGUCCAUCCACAUUGCAUGGAUCUGUUUGAUGAUGAGCAGCCAUGCAGCAGUAAGGACUUUCCACCACUGCCUUCAGUGAAAAUAACUCCGGAAAAUCAGGCCUUGGGUGAAAAGACAGAGAGCCCACAACAGGAUGGAAGCAGUGAAAGUGAAGAAUUUGAAUCAACAACAACAACAACAACAAGAUUCCAUGGGACACCACAUGAGACAGUACGGGGGGUGGAGGAGAAGCCAUUCGUCGAGAAUUCGUCAGAUGAAGAAAAUGAAGAAACCUUUAUUAGAAAUCAUGGCCUUGUAUCCCACAAAUAUUUUCUCAACCUAGAAAUUGACACAGGCUUGAAGGUCCGUGAGGAUGAAGACAACACUGCUGUGGUCAGCAACAUAAAGGACUUUGAAAGACUAGUAACUAAAAAGUACCUACCGACUGUCAAGUACUGGAUCCAGAUAUUCACCAAGGCUGGUGUUCACGAUGUUCGCUUGAAGCAAGCUAUUGAUUUAAAAAAUGCAAUGGAGACAGCAGUGAAGAAGCACGAGGAGAUGAACAUCAGUUACAAGAAUAGGAAUAGAAAAGUGGUGAGUAACUCUACAUCCAUGAAUCCAAUGCUGCUCUGUAAUCAGCUAUGGAAAGGUUCCCCCGCUGAAGUUGGUUACUUGCUGAGGCACAGCCGCAGAAUGGGUUUUUCUAGAGUGGACUGUCAGCACAGUUUUUGGAGUUACAAAGAGGAAGAGGGCGAGAGUGAGAAUAAUGAGUUGGCAGCCAUGCUGAAGACCAGAUACAUCACCUUUGCCGGAGAGUUUCAGCCAGUAAAUCACAAGUGCCAAGCACCAAUGCCUGAUGGAACACUUUGCCAACGCCAGGAUCGGCUCAAGGUCUAUAACUGUUGUUUUAAGAUCACCAGUAGCAGUAAGCUAUGUUUUUUUAAAAAAUUUGCAACAGGUACACUUACCUUGGAAGCAAGAGGACCUGGGUUCGAUUCUUGGCGGGGCAAAACAUGUUUCCCCUUGUACGGCAUAUUUUGUGAGAAUGUUACCGACUGGCGGGAUCCAGAGCUGAUGAGAGAGAUUGAAGCUGCCAAAGGUGUCGAUUUGGGAUCCUCUAAACUCUAUAAAAAAGGGAAAAAGGGAAAAGGAAAGAAGAAAAAGUACCCAAACCUCACUGACUUGAAGCAGCAGAGCAAUACAUCGAGAUCCAGGCUGGAGAAGCGCAUCUUCAAUAAGUUGUCUGUGAAACGAGUGUCCGAAGCUUUAGCUCGUAUAGACAAAAGGAAACACGAAAAGUUUGCAAACCAAUUCAACUAUGCGUUACAGUGACAUCAGCUCCAGAAACAGCCACUUUGCCGGACGGUGCCUUUAUCUGUUAAACCUGUGGCUGCAGCCCACUCUGUGGGUGAACUCGGAACAGCUAAAUAAUCCUUUUUUAAUAUAGAUUUUGAUAAUAUUAUUCCUCAUGGUGUGACAUUUCAUUUAUUGGUGUAUAUCUCAUACAUCUUUUUUAAUGUUAAUAAAAAAAUGUGCAUUUAAGGUAUGUAAUUAUUGGUAAUUGCGAUUGAUAAUGUAAUAUAUAAAACUGCUCAAACUUCAGAUUUAUUCAUAUUAACUGAGUGACCAAAAUGUACUGAUUAGCUACUCUGUUUCCAACAAUGUAAAAUGAAUUGUAGACUUUUCCUGUAAGCUGGACAGUUUUGCUGAGGGCGUUGUGUUUCUGGAUGCACGUGACAGACAUUUUUUUUCCAAAUCUUUGCUUCUUAAACAAAGAAAAUUGAUGCUCUAUACUUCCUCACAGUUCACAUUGUUAUGUUUUUAUUUAGAUUGAAAAUGUUAUCUCCAACUGAUUUGACGUGCGUACCAUCCAAGUGUGUCCUUUUUCUGAAACUGACUGUAUUCUGUCACAGUAUUAACAAUAAUCCUUGCAGCGCUACAGUACACAGGCCUGUAUAGCCACAAGUGAAAAAUCUCUGACUGGGAGAGAGGGGAAGAAUGGGACUGGACUAGGUGGAUCAUGUGGAGAAAGACACCAGAACAGACAUGAUGGGCCAAAUGGUCUGUUUCUGUGCUGUGACAUUCUGUGUGUCUGUAGUUGUUACAGAGAAAGAUCAACCUCCCUUCACCAGGACUCCUCUGUGUAACCCAUUGCUCUCUGUGUAUAGAGGUACAACUCAACCUGACCUAACAGUGCAUCUAUAACUCUGAAAACAUGCCCCAAGUCUUGUACCUUGACAUCUCUGAAGGAUUUCUCUAUCACAUUUAGCGUCUUACAGACCUCCAUAAGGUCACCUCUGAGACGUUUUCUUUUAAAGCUCAAGAAACCUAGCUAUGUAUUAUAACUCAUCACCUUUACAGUUUCUGCCCUAAAUUUGCCAAUCAUAUCUCUGAACCCUUAUGCCCUCUUCCUUUUGUUGUUGGGCUGCAAGUGUUGGGUAUUCCAUUGCCUCAGCAAUGGGCUUUCACGGUUUAGACUUCAAUCAGAUUGUGUAGAUGUACUCGAGAGGAAGCUAGACCUUCACGUGAGCGAGACGGGAAUCGAAAGGUAUGGGAGGGAGUAAGGAGUGGGUGAAGAUUCAUAUGGAGUAUAAACACCAGCACAGACUGAUUGGGUCGAGUGGCCUGUUUCCUUGUUGUACAUUCUUGUAAAUUAUCACCAGCGUGUGCAUUGAUGCUGAAUGAUUCAGAUGAAACAUCGAUAAUGUUCAGAUAUUUGAUCCGUGUCACUUGAAAGUUAUCAAAUUUUUUACAAAGUUGCUCUCGCUAUGCUCCAUGGCAACAUUGAGAAUGUAUUCAGUAAGAUCAUAAGAGGGAACAGGUCUUUAUUGUGUUAAAAAUAUGUAUUAAAUCUCAGCAAUUUCACUUGACUGCAUGUAAUUUAAGACAAUGAUCAAUCAGAAAAACUUAGGCUUGCCAUUGACUGAAUAAAACGCUUACCUCUUGAA